UUCCUGACCGACUCACACGCUGGAGGAAGAAGAGCCGCAUCUCGCUGCUCUGACUCUUUUAAACCGCGUCGAUUCAGGAUAUUACAAGUCUCUUCCGACGCGCUGUACAUACCGAAUUGUCAUUCUAAGUCAUUGGAAGUGUUUAAGGAGCCGCGUUUUCGUCUGUAUGAGUGAAAGGAGAAGCGCAGAAUGAUCGCAGCGCAACUACUAGCUUACUACUACAACGAACUUAAAGAUGACCAGGUCAAAAAGAUCGACAAGUACCUGUACUCCAUGCGUUUCUCUGACGAAACGCUACUGGACAUCUCACACAGGUUUGGGAUGGAGCUGGUAAAAGGACUGGGACGCGACACAAGUGCCACUGCGUCUCUGAAGAUGCUACCCACUUUUGUCAGGUCAAUCCCUGAUGGCACAGAGAAAGGCGACUUCAUCGCGCUGGAUUUAGGAGGCAGCAGCUUCAAGAUCCUUCACGUGCGAGUGAGCCAUGAGAAGAAGCAGACGGUUCAGAUGGAGAGUCAAGUCUAUGAGACGCCAGAAGACAUCAUCCAUGGCAGUGGAACCAGACUGUUUGAUCACGUGGCCGACUGUCUGGGCGACUUCAUGGAGAAACACAACAUCAAAGACAAGAAGCUGCCGGUCGGAUUUACCUUCUCUUUCCCCUGCCUGCAAAACAAACUGGACGAGGGGGUUUUGCUGAACUGGACCAAGCGUUUCAAGGCCAGUGGCGUUGAGGGGAUGGACGUGGUUCAGCUGCUGAGCAAAGCGAUAAAGAAAAAAGGGCAAUACGACGCUGAAAUCAUGGCGGUGGUCAAUGACACGGUGGGAACAAUGAUGACGUGCGGCUUCGAUGAUCAGCGCUGUGAAGUCGGCAUCAUAAUUGGUACUGGUACCAACGCCUGCUACAUGGAGGAGCUGCGGCAUAUUGACCUGGUUGAGGGAGACGAGGGAAGGAUGGCUGUGAACACAGAGUGGGGGGCUUUCGGCGAUGACGGGCGGCUGGAAGACAUCAGGACAGAGUUUGACCGGGAGAUCGACCGCGGCUCUCUGAACCCGGGCCAGCAGCUAUUUGAGAAAAUGGCCAGUGGCAUGUACAUGGGGGAGCUGGUGCGUCUCAUCCUGGUGAAGAUGGCCAGAGAAGGUUUGCUGUUCGAGGGCCGGAUCACGCCAGAGCUGCUGACCAAAGGAACCUUUGAGACCAAACACGUGUCAGCAAUUGAGAAGCAUAAAGAAGGGUUAGUCAAGGCCAGAGAGAUCUUGACCAAACUGGGUGUGGAACCCUCCAGUGACGACUGCAUCGCCGUGCAGCACGUUUGCACCAUUGUGUCUUUCCGCUCCGCCAACCUGAUAGCUGCCACACUGGUGGCCAUUCUCAAGCGUCUCAAGGAGAACAAAGGAGUCGGCCGUCUUCGGACCACUGUGGGCAUCGACGGAUCUCUCUACAAAAUGCACCCACAAUACGCCCGCCGGCUGCACAAGACAGUCCGCCGCUUGGUUCCCGACUCGGACGUCAGGUUCCUCCUGUCUGAGAGCGGCAGCGGCAAGGGGGCGGCCAUGGUCACAGCGGUGGCCUACAGACUGGCGGAGCAGUCCCGACAGAUCCACGAAACCCUCUCAGAGUUCCGGCUGUCGACGGAGCAGCUGCUCGAGGUCAAGAGACGAAUGAGAACCGAGAUUCAAAAUGGCCUUUCGAAAAACACCCAGGACACUGCGACAGUGAAAAUGUUGCCGACGUUUGUCAACAGCACUCCUGACGGCACAGAAAAUGGUGAUUUCCUAGCGUUGGAUUUGGGAGGCACCAACUUCAGAGUUCUGCUGGUGAAGAUCCGCUCCGGCAAGAAGAGGACUGUGGAGAUGCACAACAAGAUCUACGCCAUCCCUCUGGAGGUGAUGCAGGGCACUGGAGAGGAGCUGUUCGAUCACAUCGUCCAUUGUAUUAGCGACUUUCUGGACUACAUGGGGAUGAAGAACACUCGUCUUCCUCUGGGCUUCACGUUCUCGUUCCCGUGCAAACAGACCAGUCUGGAUGCUGGAAUCCUGCUGACGUGGACCAAAGGCUUUAAGGCCACAGACUGUGAAGGAGAAGACGUGGUGGGGCUGCUGAGGGAAGCUAUUAAGAGGAGAGAGGAAUUUGAGCUGGAUGUGGUGGCGUUGGUCAACGACACAGUGGGAACAAUGAUGACUUGUGCCUACGAGGAGCCCACCUGUGAAAUUGGCCUCAUUGCUGGCACCGGUAGUAACGCUUGCUACAUGGAGGAGAUGAGCAACAUUGAGAUGGUGGGCGGCGGCGACGGGCGCAUGUGCGUCAACAUGGAGUGGGGAGCGUUUGGGGACAACGGCUGCCUGGAUGACUUCAGGACUGAAUAUGACCGAGCUGUGGAUGACUUCUCGCUCAAUCCUGGAAAGCAGAGAUAUGAAAAGAUGUGCAGCGGCAUGUACCUGGGAGAGAUUGUCAGGAACAUCCUCAUAGAUUUGACCAAGAGAGGUUUUCUAUUCCGUGGUCAAAUCUCAGAGACCUUGAAGACCCGAGGCAUCUUCGAAACGAAGUUCCUCUCGCAGAUCGAAAGCGAUCGGUUAGCCCUGCUGCAGGUGAGGUCCAUUUUACAGCACCUGGGUCUGGACAGUACCUGUGACGACAGUAUCAUCGUCAAAGAGGUCUGUGGCGCCGUGUCACAUCGAGCGGCUCAGCUGUGUGGAGCUGGAAUGGCCGCUGUGGUCGAUAAGAUCCGAGAGAACCGAGGACUGGAGCACUUGGACAUCACCGUGGGGGUGGACGGGACUUUGUACAAACUACAUCCUCAUUUCUCCGGGGUCAUGCACGAGACCGUCAACCAGCUGGCACCGAAGUGCAACGUCAACUUCCUCCUGUCAGAGGAUGGCAGCGGCAAAGGAGCCGCGCUCAUCACGGCCGUCGGCGUUCGACUCAGGGAGGCGCUGAACAGCAAGUAGAGAGGACAGUCAGUAGUUCAGAUGAGCCUCUUGUCUGGGUCACUCUCAGAUAUGAACUCUAUCAAGUCACACUCCAGUUUUGGUCUCACGUCUUCACCAGGUGCAGGAGGUGAUGCUUCAUGUAGCGAAAAGUUUAACCCAUAAGGUGGUUCUUUUAUGGUAUCAGAGGAAACGUCUGGUGGUUUGACCUCGGAAUUGCAGUCAUGCGCAGGGCUACAGGAGCAGCACCAAAUACGUCUAACGUGGCAGAGUUGCGUUUUUAACUCAUCGAAAAACUAGUGAAAGUCAACCAAUGAACACUUUUGUUGAACAGUUUCCUGUCCUGAGAAGGUUCAACUCAAGUUUCUGAUGUCGAGCAGAUGAUUUUUUUGGCGUUAGUCAUAAAAAAAAAAAGACAAUGGAGAAAUGAAUUGCUGAAAUCCAGAUUUGAGAAAAACAAUUUUAGCUCAUAAAAUGAUAUAUUAUCAUUGUCUGUUUUUGUUCGUGUUAUUUUUUAGGACACAUUCUGUUUGUUUAUUUAAAACACUCACCAUAAUUGUUGUUUUUAAAUUAUCCAUACAGGAAAAAAAAUCCGAAAAGAAAAGCCUUUAAAAUCUUGCUAUCGAGAGAAAGCAGACUGCUUCUGUAAAAAAACAGUGCGCGUGACCAAAGUUGCCAAUGUUUCUGUGAACGUUAGCUGUGUAUAUGAAAUCAAAGGGAAUAUUUUAAAUGCAUUUAAAACAAAAACAUGAGAUGGUGUUGGUGAUAUUUAUUAUAUUUCUUGUCAUGGUUGAUGAUGAUGAUGAUGAUGAUGUUACUGCUUCAACAAGGAAGCGUGUCCUCAGCAGGUCCCUGUGACGACUGCAGGGGGCGCUGCGCCCCAUGUUUCUGAAUGUUAAAUCUACUGUAAACUGUGUCCAAAGAGAACUUUUAUUUUGGUAAAUCUCCUGCUGUUUGCACUAAAAUGUCUGGUGUAGUUCCAAAGUCGACACAGAGUGAACACAAGUGUUUUUGUUACGUGGAUCCUUGAGGGACACAAACUAACAGAAUGUGAGCUUUCUUCCAUAAAUAUUUCUCUCUGUAUGUAUUUAUUAGCCGAAAAGCUUAGGGUGUGCCAUCCACUGUUGCUUUACUGAAACAACUCAGGCAGGUACCUAUUUAUUUUCUCUUCAAAAGAUUGCAAAUGUCGAGUGCUCACACAUGAACAAUCCUAACGGUCGUUGAACUCACCAGUUAAGUCGGCCUCACUAUGUGUCAGGUCCAGUGUGGUCAACAGUGUAAACAUAAACUCACACCGUCAGUGUAACUCAUCCAUGAAACCCCCAAAAUGUAUCUGUCGAACACGUCACUGAAUAAAGCCAAACAUCUCAAAGUGAUUCUCUGCCUUUUCCUGUGUAGCAGCAGCACCGGUGCUCAAUAACUAUGAACCUUGAACGCAUCACCACAUUACUUUGGAUUUCCUCUCUUCGUUUUGUCCGCCUCUCUUUAAAGAAUACAGAAUUCCAGUUGUUGAUUUUCUUCUUUUAAGAAGGUCAGUUGUGCCCGUUUUGAAGUCUUGUUUACUUUUUCUAGUUUUAUUCAUUUGCUUGUUCAUUUUCUGACCUUUGACCUGGCUGGCUUGGCUUCAUGUGAUGUGGAGUCAGCGCUAUAAACCACAGUCAAUUCCAUAUGAAGUGUAGCUGUUUGAUUUGAG